AUGUCUUUAGAUAGAAAUGAACCAAGUCAUUUUGGUGCAGGUCCUGCACAAUUGCCAACCCAUGUGUUACAGCAAGCUGCUUUAGACCUAAUCAAUUACAAAAAUCUCGGUUUGGGUAUUGGUGAAAUUUCCCACCGUUCAAAGGAUGCCACUCAAGUCAUUGAAAAUUCAAAAGCUCACUUAAAGGAAUUAUUAAAUAUUCCUGAUACCCAUGAAGUCUUUUUCAUGCAAGGUGGUGGUACCACUGGUUUCUCUUCAAUAGCCACCAAUCUGGAGACAGCUUUUGUCGGUAAAAAUAACAGAGUAGGAAAAUGUGGGUAUUUAGUAACAGGUUCUUGGUCACAAAAAGCAUAUGAAGAGGCUGCUAGACUAAGAUUACCAGCAGAAAAAAUCUUUGAUUCGAGAGAUUUUAACGACGAGGGAAAAUUUGGUUCAAUUCCAGACGAAUCUAAAUGGGUCAAUAAUUUGAAAGAAGACGAUGAUUACGCAUACGUUUAUCUUUGUGAAAAUGAAACUGUUCAUGGUGUGGAAUGGCCAAAAUUACCUGAAUGUAUUGUGAAUAAUCCAAAUAUUGAAUUAGUGGCUGAUUUAUCAAGUAAUAUUUUAUCUCGUGAGAUCGAUAUUUCCCAGUAUGGUGUUAUUAUGGCUGGUGCACAAAAAAAUAUUGGGAUAGCUGGGUUGACUCUAUACAUUAUUAAAAAAUCUAUCCUAGAAAACAUUAAAGCUGCUAAAGAAGAAAAAUUAGUAGAAUUAAACGUCCCUGUGACACCAAUUGCAUUUGAUUAUCCAACUGUGGUUAAGAACAAUUCUGCAUACAAUACCAUUCCAAUAUUUACACUACAUAUAAUGGAUUUGGUGUUCCAACAUUUGAAAGAAAAAGGUGGGAUCGCACAACAGGAAAAGGAAAAUAAGAUCAAAUCAAAGACAUUGUACGAAGCAUUAGAUUUAUAUCCAGAUUUUUAUAAUUUACCAGUGGAUCCAAAAGUUAGAUCCAAAAUGAAUGUUGUGUUUACAUUAAAGGACAGUUCAUUAGACGAGAAAUUCUUGAAAGAGGCUGCAGCUCAAGGAUUGACUGGACUUAAAGGUCAUCGCUCAGUGGGUGGUUUCAGAGCUUCUAUUUACAACGCAUUAACUGUGGAAAGUGUAACCAAAUUAAGUAAGUUUAUCAAAGACUUUGCUGAAGCCAACAAGAACUGA